UCGGACAUUCUUCCGACCAUGUUGCUCCGGGCCGUCGCUCUCCUGCUGCUCCUUUGUGUGUCUGCCGGUGUGUGUGCCACGCUGGGCCACUACCAGUCCACAGCACAGCAGGAGGACGCUCCUGCAGUGGAUCCACUAAACACUGCUGUAGAAGACGCUAAACCCCACGAGGACCUGAACAACGAACUCGCUGAAGUAUUACCGAACAAAACCCCUGAAGUAGUCGAAGGGCCGGGAGAAAGAAGCCAAGAUGUGGAAGCCCAGCAUCAACCAUCUCAGUACGAAGUGGAGGUGGGGGAGAGCAGCGAGAUUGAGCCAGUCCAAAUGAACAUUUCCGCACCACUUGACAAAAACAACAAUAGGUGGAGCCUCAUGUCGAUUAGAAACAGUUUCCAAAUGAUGCACGGCUACUUUGACUCCCUGGUGGAGCUGGUGGGGGGCCACAAUGGCAUUUGUCAGUAUCGCUGCAGAUAUGGAGAACGGCCUCAGCCUCGUCCUGGCUACAAGCACCAAGAGCCCAAUGGCUGCAGCUCUUCCAUGGUGGGAUUCCAGCUUGAUCUUGGCAUCCCUGCCAUUUCUGAGUGCUGUAACCAGCUCGAUGUGUGCUACGACAACUGUGGCAUCGACAAGUACGACUGUGACACCAAAUUCCGCUCUUGUCUUCAUAACAUUUGCUCUGACCUCAAGAGGAGUCUCGGCUUUGUGUCCAAAGUACAAGCCUGCGAGUCCAUGGCAGAUGCCUUGUACAACACAGUGUGGACUCUUGGAUGCCGGCCUUACAUGAACAGCCAGAGGGCAGCAUGUGUUUGUGAAGGAGAGGAGAGGGAUGAACUGUGACACUGAACACCAUGGACAACUUUUUCACUCAUUUAAAAAAAUAAAAAAUAAAAAAUAAAGACAGUUUGGCACAAAUUUCAGAG